AAACAUUAAAUUCGCAUGGAGCUAUGAACCCAUUAAGGUGAUUAAAUAAUUCAUAAAGACUCAUUGCUUUUCCAAAUUUGAGAUUUGAAUACAGUCUGCUAGUCUGGACUAUCAUAUCAUGAUAUAUCUUACAUCAUCGAAAAGAUGUUGUCUUGAUGACAGUUCAUAUAUUCGAAGCUCACCGGGCGCGGGGUUAGUUUAGCGCCUUGGCCAUUCUGGUGUUUACAUCGCGUGUAUCUUUCUCCUCCUUCCUAGAGAUAUAUCAAGCAAACUUCGAAACCUCUCAAUCUCAAGUUAAUAAAAUCAUCACACCGCUCGAUACAAGAGGCCUCAUAGGAAAAGUAUGUAGGCUGAAUCAAAUGUCUCUCCGAUGGCUGAGAUGGUCUAAGAUGUGCUGUUUCUCGUACAACCAAAACGCGGCUUUCAGCUCAUCUAAAUAAUAUCACUCCAUAAAUUUGAAGGAAGGAUCUCUUCAUUUAUCACAGCGUGGGAAAAGACUAGUUUGAUAGCUUCAUUCUCAAUGGCAACGAAACCCGAUACUUCAAUGGAGGGUACUCCAGAUUCUUCUCAAAUUUCCGUGCUUUUCCUCGCAUAUGAUACCUUCAAUACACUAGAUAUCCAUGGACCUCUCGAUGUCCUGGGAAAUGUCGCACUGAGCGCAGAUCCAUUCAAACUUACCAUUGCAGCUCAACACGAUAUCAUCACAUCAGCCGAAGGAGCAAAAAUUCAACGUCACAUCUCCUUCAUUACGGCCUUCGAAACCCUCGCAAACUACGAUAUUCUCAUUCAACCUGGUGGUUCCUCUGAUGAUAUCUUCCCUCAUCUAUAUCCACACAAAAAUAGUCAAUUCUCAGAUAUGCUCAAUAUUAUCGAAGAAUUCUCACAACUUAGUUCAUCACCUCGUUUAAAUGGUCCGCGGAUCAUAAUGUCAAUUUGUACGGGGGCACUCUUUCUUGGUUCUGCGGGGAUAUUUUCAGGGUUGAAUGCAACGACUCAUUUUCUCACUUUGCCGAAACUCAAAAUUAUCUGCGAUGCAUAUACUGCGAGGAGUUCAACUCACAAACCAACAACCGUUGUGCCGAAUCCUGCGUCUUUGAAUUUUAGAUAUGUGAAGGAACAGUUGAGUUUAGAUAGGAAAGUGAGGGUUAUUAGUAGUGGAGGUAUUAGCUGUGGGAUUGAUGCUACACUUUACUUGUUGGCAUUGGUGAAGGGAAUUCAGCCUGCAUUAGCGGUUGCGCAGAUGAUGCAAUAUGUUUGGAGGGAGAUGCCAUAAUCUUGUGUGAGUUAUGGAUGGUUUCAAUGGCUCGACUGCAGUCCAACAACAAGGUAUCGCUGAUUUUUGAAUUUUUUGGUCCAUUUAUAACCUUACCAUCUGGAAAAUUGAAACUUUUCAGAAAAUUCAAUCCCUUCAGUUUUCCAAACUCUUAUCAAAGCUCAAAACUUUGAGAUCCUGACUACGAUUCGGACUAUUGGACAUCAACUUGCUGUGGGAGUUUCCAAAUUGUGGUUUAAAGAGUAUGUAAGACUAAUUCCAUUAUACUUAGAACAAGGUUCUGAAUCUCCAUGAUCCCAACUUCCACCAUCCCCUGACUGUUGCGAGUCUCUGCAUGAGUUUCCUCUAGACUAUAAUACUCUUGUCCUCUAGACGUUCCUAUACAUCCCAAUAGACCUAUCUCUCCGAAUGCUCAAAAACCUACAAUCUCCCCAUCUAUUCCAUAAUCCUAUCAGGUUCCCAACCAAUAACCCCCAAACCAAAACCUCCAUAACGCCCAAAUUCCAAAUUUCAAACUCCA